GCAGCACCCCCUAAACGACGACGCUUCAACCGCGAGCCGAACGCAAAACCCUAAUCCUGUAAUCGAGCGAACCCCACCCCAUUCCUUCUCUUUCGUGCCGUCACUGCCUCCCAUCUCCCCCGACUGCGAAGCAGCGAGCCGCUCGAGAUCCCAUCCAUGGCUCCGAAGAAGGACAAAGCCCCGCCUCCCUCGUCCAAGCCCGCGAAAUCCGGUGGUGGGAAGCAGAAGAAAAAGAAGUGGAGCAAGGGAAAGCAGAAGGAGAAGGUGAACAACAUGGUGCUGUUUGACCAGGGAAGUUAUGACAAGCUUCUGUCCGAGGCGCCCAAGUAUAAGCUUAUCACCCCGUCCAUCCUCUCUGAUCGUCUAAGGAUUAAUGGAUCACUUGCACGGAAGGCAAUAAGAGAACUCAUGGCUAGAGGUUUGAUCAGGAUGGUCUCUGCUCAUUCAAGCCAGCAGAUCUACACCAGGGCAACGAAUACAUAAGUGGCUUAGGGCCCCCUUGCAUUUUCAGCUAUAUAGCAAUGGUUGUUUUAUAUCUUGCAUUGGUAAACAACUGUUUUCUUUAUCUCUGGGAUGACAUGAUGCAUACUAGAAUUUAUGAGACAGGUUAGUGUUCUUUGAGAUUUUGAAGAAAUAGAUUAUUAAAUCCGAUAAUUCAAUAUUUGGUGUUCAUCCAA